CCAGUUGUUCACUUUUCCCAUCUCUACUCCGCUACAACUGUUGGCUAAAUAUGCUGGAGUUUUACAAAAGUAUUCUUCUUCGGCUUUAUGGAAUACAACACAGAAACUUGGAUCCUCUACAGAAAGAAGGGGACGGGAACAAUGACGCUUUGGCUUAACAUGCUUUCAAAAGUACCCAACCAUUUGUAAACCACUGUGUGCGCUGUCUAUUUACUGCGUAAGAUGUCCAUUUUCAAUGAUUUCGCAUAAAAGCUAUCCUGGUUCCUUGAGUACUUAUGGACUUACUACCCUUGAUACAUAUGCUGCAUGCAUGCAAACAACCAAGUGUAGUUUAGGUGCCUUCAGCCUUCGAGGCUAAUCCACUGAAUUCAUCAAAAUGAUUUGGGGACAUCAUUCAGCCUUCAAGAAACUUUUUUAAGAUGCCAGCAUUCAAAACUAAAUUUUCUUAAGAGGUUUUCUUUUUGAAAAAAACAAAAAACAAAAACACAAUAUAUAAAAAGAGUUUGAUGAACUCUUUGGCUCAUGGAUCAAGGAAGUUUGAACAAUACCACUGGCUCUUCUAUUUUUCUUUGUCAUCGUGCGCAAAGUGAAAUCUUUUCUUUGCGAUAAUACAACAAAAUAUCAUCAAUAUCAUUUUUAUCUAUAUGUGCAAUAAUAUGUCUGUUAAGUUCAUCUCCUUUUCCCUCAUUUUCUGGGGUCUACAGUUGUUUGCUUCAGCAUUACGUGAGUUAAAUUUUCAUGUUUUAGAAGAAACCGCCGAAGGCACAUAUGUUGGAAAUGUUGCCAAAGCUUUUACUCGCCCCACGCAUGGUGACUACUUGUUCAAAUUUCUAACGCAAGGGAACCAAUACACAAAUCUUUUCCAUAUUGGGACAAACUCAGGUAUUAUAACUACUGCUGUACCGAUUGAUCGAGAACAUAUCUGUGAUAAUGAUAUGGGGGGUCACACCUGUAUUGUAACUGUGAGUGUCGCCGUACAGUCUUCAUCCGAUCCACGUUUUCUUGAUAUGAUGAAUAUAAAAAUAAAUAUCGAUGACAUAAAUGAUAAUGCCCCAUUAUUUGACAAAGAUGAAAUUGCUCUUGAAAUCAGUGAAUCAACUCCUGCUAAUACGAAAUUCCCAAUUGAGGAUGCCUAUGACUUAGAUACAGGAAUCGACAAUUCCAUCAAAUACUAUAUACUUUUAAACGAUCGAGAUAAGUUUACAUUACUUCAAGAGAAUGGCUUUUUAGAUGGCUUGCAGUUGAAACAGAAAUUAGACCAUGAAGACCAGGAAUUUUACCAAUUAGUUAUUGUAGCCAAAGAUAAUGGCACUCCUCAAAGAAGUGGUAAUGUAGUUGUAAAUAUAACUGUACUUGAUGCUAAUGAUAAUGCCCCUAAGUUUGAUAAAAAAUCUUAUACUGUUUAUAUACAUGAAAAUCGCUCCAUAUUAUCGACAAUUCUUACAUUACACGCUGAGGACUUAGAUUCAGGUCCAAAUGGCCAAGUAGGAUAUAAACUUCAUCACAGAACAUCUUCGAAAAUUAAAGAAAUUUUUGAUGUUAAUCAAACAACAGGAGAAAUUCAUUUAAUUAGCAGAGUUGAUUAUGAAGAUAGACCUAGAUAUUCCUUCAAUGUCAUAGCUUACGAUCACGGUGCUAUCGUCCAGUCAUCAACUGCUUCAGUCAAUGUCUACGUAGUUGAUGUGAAUGAUAAUAAACCUGAAAUAAUAAUCAAUCUCCUGUCACUUGGUUAUGCGGCUAAUGUGUCUGAGUCUGCAUCCAAGGGUAAGUUUAUUGCCCACGUAUCAAUUAACGAUCGAGAUCAAGACCAAAAUGGAAAUGUCAGUUGUUCUGUCAAUGAUCACCAUUUCAGUCUACAGAUAUUUUCUAUUAAAACCUAUAAAGUUGUUGUUGCAAAACCUCUAGACUUUGAAAAGACCUCCGUUCACAAUGUGAGCAUCCGAUGUCAUGACCAUGGUACCCCACAGCUUCACAGCGAGAAGAGUUUUUUAGUCAUUGUCGCAGAUAAAAAUGACAAUCCACCAGUAUUUGAACAAACUUUGAUCAAAACCCCAAUUACAGAGAAUAAUAAUUUUCAUGAUUAUGUAACGAAAGUCACUGCCAAGGAUAACGAUACUGGAAUCAAUUCAGAGAUACAUUACGAACUUCAUCACGAUGCUCACUCUUGGUUUAACAUUGACCAUCGGACUGGUGUUAUAACUGCGAAUAAACAAUUUGAUAGAGAGCAAAAUGCUGAGAUUAAAUUCAGAGUUUUAGCAAUAGAUUCUGGUAGUCCUCCUCUUACAGGAACUGCCACUGUUCAUUUAAAUAUUCUAGAUAUUAAUGAUGAAGCACCACAGUUCAAAAGUGGGUAUUACAAAUUUCACGUGAAGGAAGAUCAAGAACCAUUUACGUAUAUUGGGAGAGUUGAUGCUCAAGAUUUAGAUCAUGGAGAAAAUGGUCGGAUUAGGUAUUGGAUUUCAAAGAACUAUGAAGCUCCUCAACUUUUUAUGGUCACUGAUGGUGUUUUAAAGACUAAAGCCAGAUUGAGCCGCAUGAAAGAUCAGAGAUAUGACUUUCUUGUUGUUGCCGCUGACCAUGGCAAAAAACCAUUGAGUUCCUCAGCAAGUGUCACUGUAAUUGUUGAUGAUGUCAAUGAUAACUACCCGUAUAUUAUUUACCCAUCCGAUACCAACAAUACCAUUUCAGUGAUUUACGAUAUGACUCCAGUUGACCGACCUAUUUCACGAGUGGUAGCUCUAGAUGAUGAUGAGGGGGAAAAUGCAAUGUUAUCCUAUUUCCUCAAAAGUACCCCUGAAACAGCUGGUCUUUUCAGAAUUAACCAUACUUCUGGGGAAAUAAUGCUUAUUAAAGACAGUGAUAUAAGAAUAUUCAGCAAGUCCUAUAAAUUACCAAUAGUUGUUAAAGACCAUGGGAAGCCUCCAAAAAGUACAUCUGCUAUUCUAAUAGUAAUGAUGAUUUUGAGCAACAGUACAGAGCUUCCUUAUGGAAAUAGUACUCCCGAUGGCGAAAGAAAUUUGACAAUAGUCAUUGUCCUUGCUGCUGUGACAGUUGUCCUAGCCACAUGCAUAGUCAUUACAAUAUGUAUAAUUAAAAAAGUAGACCAAAAUCGGCGCCGCUAUCCUGCAAAGAUGCAUGAAGAUGCUCGACGCAAGUCUGACAGUUCUCCAGAUUCGGACCGUCAAAAACACAAAAAGGAGGUCAGCUUUUCCCUUGAUGGAGCAGAUCCAACGAGUAAAGGUUCUGCAAAUUCACUGGCCAGUAAUACAACAGUCAAGAAUCCUGGGGCAUUCUUUGCUCCAGACCUACCAUCUCUCCAACCCCCUGAGAAUUGGCGGAAUCAAAUUGGUGGUGGUGACUCUCUUCUGCAUAGCCCUGGAGGGGAUUCCAUUAUCAGCAAUGGUAGGCACCUUGGGACGUUUACAGGCAGGAAAAACCAUUCCAAUUUGCCAUCACCAGCUACAUCUUCACUUGUUUCCUAUGCACCAAUGGAAGAUCAAAAUGACCUGGGGUUAAAUUCUUGUACGACAACCAUCACGACUGUCUCAGAGAACAACACAGCCAACAAUGGUGCGCCAAACACAACCAACAUCACCACCACCAACAACAACAAUACGAGCACCAAUACAGUCAAUACUAGCAACUUAUCUACUCCUACCAAUACUACUUCUACCACUCCUCUUACUCCUACUACAGAUAAGAAUGUUCCUAACUUUGCUACUCCUGGUAGUCCAGCUACUUCUACUACUACUACUCCAAACGUUACCAACCUCAAAGAGAACUCGGUUCGUGCCACCAAUGUCGCCAAUGGUCCCAAAGAAGGAAAAUACAAAACUUUAUUACAUUUAGCCAAGAUGGAAGAUACAUAUAGCGAGAAUUCUGGGGAAACUGGGGCAUCAGACAGUGGUCGUGGCGGGAGUGAGGAAGAUGUGCAACUGAAUCGCACCCCGUAUCAGAACAGUAAAUCAGAUGCUCACUUACAGAGUCUGUUACAUCAAGAUGAUUUAAAAGGAACCCACGUGCCAACAGAAGCUUCCUUUGAUGAAGAAAAUGGGGAUAACCCUGGGGAAGUGAGAAGGGUUCCAAACCUACGUACGUUUCGACCCAAUCAUUGUCCCAAAACACUCAAUGGUGACAUUUUAUCAAAUACUUCUUCAACUGAAUCUGAUAAACUCAGCGCCAAGACUCCUCCGCCAAAACGGCCCACUUUUAAAUACUGUGUCUCCAAUUCUCUUGACUCUCCUUAUGGAGGUCCAGCUACUGUACCCCGGGCUACAAAUUUGACAGGUUUGCGUUAUACAUUAACAGAAAACUGCAAAGAGUAUCCAUACAAUGACAUAUCAGCAGCCAUGUUACCUGCUUCGGACAGUGACAGCAUGGCAUCAGAUAGCUAUGUUUUACACCACCCAGACAGUGGAUCACAAAUACAAAAAUAUAUUUUAAAAGAUGUCAUUGUCUAAAUUAUGAAAAAAAAAACUAAUAAACAAACUAAAAAACAAAUUAUCUAACAAAAAAAAAUGGUAAACCAUUAAACUACAGAAAAAAAAAAUAAUAAAAUUAAGAAAUUUUAAAUUCUUUGUCAAAAUGAUAAAGAUUUUAAAAGUAACUGCAAUUAUUUGGAAAAGUCCAAAAAAAAAGAAAGAAAAGAAACACACACACACAAACAAAAAACAA